CCCUUCUUAAUCACAUAGAUAUGGGUCGCUCCGGCAAUAUUAUUCUAGCAAUCAUCUUGAUCAUCGGUUGUUGUGUAUUUGCAACUUCGAUCGCUAAAGAAGAAUCCAGCAAGUUAGGAACUGUUAUUGGGAUUGAUCUUGGGACUACGUAUUCGUGUGUUGGUGUUUAUAAGAACGGACACGUUGAAAUCAUAGCCAAUGAUCAAGGAAACCGUAUCACUCCAUCGUGGGUGGCUUUCACGGACAACGAGAGGGUGAUCGGUGAGGCCGCCAAGAAUCAGGCGGCUGUAAACCCCGAAAGGACCGUCUUUGAUGUCAAGAGACUUAUUGGGAGAAAGUUUGAGGAUAAAGAAGUCCAAAAGGAUAUGAAACUGGUUCCCUACAAAAUAGUGAACAAAGAUGGGAAGCCUUUUAUCCAAGUUAAACACAAGGAAGGGGAAACCAAGGUUUUCAGUCCCGAAGAGAUUAGCGCGAUGGUUCUUACAAAAAUGAAGGAGACAGCUGAAGCAUUCCUUGGAAAGAAAGUUAAGGACGCUGUUGUUACAGUUCCUGCAUACUUCAAUGAUGCCCAAAGGCAGGCUACCAAGGAUGCUGGAAAGAUUGCUGGUUUAAAUGUCGUUAGAAUCAUUAACGAGCCAACGGCUGCUGCUAUCGCAUACGGUCUGAACAAGAAAGGGGUCGAGAAGAACGUUCUUGUAUUCGACCUUGGUGGAGGAACAUUCGACGUGAGCAUCUUGACACUAGACAAUGGUGUUUUUGAAGUUCUUGCCACACACGGAGACACCCAUCUUGGAGGCGAGGACUUCGACCAAAGGAUCAUGGAAUACUUCAUCAAACUCAUCAACAAAAAGUACGGAAAAGACAUCAGCAAUGACAACAGAGCGCUCGGGAAGCUAAGAAGGGAAGCCGAACGGGCCAAGAGAGCGUUGAGCAGCCAGCACCAGGUUCGGGUUGAGAUUGAGUCACUUUUCGACGGUGUAGAUUUCUCUGAGCCAUUGACAAGAGCCCGAUUCGAGGAGCUUAACAACGACUUGUUUAGAAAGACAAUGGGGCCCGUGAAGAAGGCCAUGGAGGAUGCGGGUUUGGAGAAACACGAGAUUGAUGAGAUUGUUCUUGUUGGUGGGAGUACCAGGAUUCCAAAGGUUCAACAACUUCUUAGAGACUACUUUGAUGGAAAGGAACCAAACAAGGGUGUGAACCCUGAUGAAGCGGUUGCUUUUGGUGCUGCUGUUCAAGGAGGCAUUUUGAGUGGAGAGGGUGGUGAUGAAACUGAAGAAAUCGUUCUUUUGGAUGUGGCUCCGCUUACCCUCGGCAUUGAAACCGUUGGAGGGGUGAUGACGAAAUUGAUCCCAAGAAACACCGUUAUCCCGACCAGAAAAUCUCAAGUAUUUACCACCUAUAAGGAUCAGCAAACUGCUGUCUCCAUCAAGGUUUAUGAAGGUGAAAGAAGUCUCACAAAGGAUUGCAGGCUUCUUGGAACAUUUGAUCUCUCCGGAAUCCCUCCAGCACCAAGGGGCACCCCACAAAUCGAAGUCACAUUCGAGGUAGACGCCAACGGUAUCCUAAACGUGAAGGCAGAAGACAAGGUGGCUGGCAAAUCCAAAAAGAUCACAAUCACCAACGAGAAGGGUCGGUUGAGUCAAGAAGAGAUAGAGCGUAUGGUUCACGAAGCCGAAGAGUUUGCUGAAGAAGAUAAAAAGGUGAAAGAAAAGAUUGAAGCGCGUAACGCGCUUGAAAGUUAUGUCUACAACAUGAAAAGCCAAGUUAAUGAUAAAGAUAAGUUAGCCGAAAAGCUCGAGUCGGAUGAAAAGGAGAGAAUUGAAAGCGCAACGAAAGAAGCACUUGAAUGGCUUGAUGAUAAUCAGUCGGCUGAGAAAGAGGAGUAUGAUGAGAAGCUGAAAGAAGUUGAAGCGGUUUGUAAUCCGAUCGUAACGGCUGUUUAUCAGAGGUCGGGUGGGGCCGGUGAAGCGGAAGAUGUUGAUGAUGAACUGUAGAGAAGAAGAUAGAUUGUUUAGUAUAAUAUUGGGAUAUUAUAUUAGUAGAUGAAUUAAUUAGGUAUUUCUGAAAUUAGUUACAGCAAUUUAAUUUGUUUCUUGUCUGAAUAUUUAUUUCCAUUACAUUGAA